GUUCAAAGCUCGCUCCUCUCCACGAGCAUGUCCUCAGAGGUGGAACGGCCGUGGAGCGGUGAAGCGAACCGGAACGCGCCACCAGCGUGACCGCACGAGCAAAGUGUAAUGGCACAGGAGGCUUUUCCAGUGGUGUGGUUCCCCAGCAGUCACAGGCAGCAAAUCUCCAUCCGUCAUGGAAAGGUCCUCCCUGCCCUGUCGCUUUGAAGUGAAGGCAAGGAUCUGCAGACAUGGCAAUGGUGCAUGAGACUGGAGCCAGACGCCUAUCUCUCCUCAGUCCAGAGAGCCUCGCUGGUGCUACAGUAAACACACACUCCCAAAAUAUGUCAAAGCUCUGCAACCACAACGCUUGAGGACGACUCCACUGUUUCUGCUCCAUCUGUGUAGGAGGUGGCAUCCAAAGACCAAAUGCCAUGGAUGUGCUCAACUUCACCUACUGGAACACCUCUGAGGGCAAUGACACUGAGGUUGGGGAGGAGAAUGCGAGCCCAUACAAGACCGUGGAGGUGGUGUUCAUUGUGCUGGUGGCCGGCUCUCUCAGCUUGGUUACAAUUAUUGGAAAUAUCCUGGUCAUGCUCUCCAUCAAAGUGAACAGGAACCUACAGACUGUCAACAACUAUUUUUUAUUCAGUCUUGCAUGUGCGGACCUCAUCAUUGGACUGUGCUCCAUGAACUUGUAUACAGUCUAUAUAGUGAUAGGAUACUGGCCGCUCGGACCGGUAGUGUGUGAUCUCUGGCUAGCCUUGGACUAUGUGGUCAGCAAUGCGUCUGUUAUGAAUCUCCUCAUUAUAAGUUUUGAUAGAUACUUCUGUGUCACAAAGCCCCUGAGCUACCCCGUUAAAAGGACCACUAAGAUGGCUGGAAUGAUGAUCGCAGCAGCCUGGGUUCUCUCCUUCAUCCUGUGGGCUCCAGCCAUUCUCUUCUGGCAGUUUAUUGUCGGUGGACGAACAGUUCCCGAGAAGGAGUGCUACAUCCAGUUCUUCUCCAAUGCUGCUGUCACGUUUGGUACGGCCAUCGCGGCCUUUUACCUGCCUGUCAUUAUCAUGAUUCAGCUUUACUGGCAGAUUUCCAGAGCCAGCAAAAGCCGCGUAAAAAAGGAUAACCGCAAAACAGCAGGAGCAACCCCUGAGCCCUUGUCACCAGGUCAAAGUAGAAACAAUACCCCCAAACCCACAAAUAACAACGUCCCCGGGGAGGACACAGGCCACUGUCAGAGUCAGACCACAGAUGAUGGGGGCCACCAACAGGAUGGGAAACUGCAGAACGGCAAAGGGCCCUCCAGCACAGCUGACUGUGAGCAGGCAGAGGGAGAAGACUCUCCUCGGGAGAACUGUGCUCCAGGAGAGGAGAAAGAGAGCUCCAAUGACUCCACCUCUGGCAGUGCAGCCGUGUCCAACCAAAAAGAUGAAGAGGUGACACCCUGUGCACCCAACUCCUCUGCUGAAACCACCCAGGCCGUCCCACGUCAGCACGCCAAGGCUGGGGGAUCCAAGCUGACGUGCAUCAAGAUCAAAACUAAAUCACCUAAGGGUGACUUCUACACUCCAACAUCCAAUGCCACUGUAGAGAUUGUCCCAGCUGCAGAGCGCCAGAACCAUGUGGCCCGAAAGAUUGUAAAGAUGACGAAGCAGCCACCGAACAAGAAGAAAAAAGCAGCACCAUCACGGGAGAAGAAAGUCACCCGUACCAUCAUGGCCAUCUUGGUGGCAUUUGUGGCCACCUGGACACCUUACAACGUCAUGGUGCUCAUCAACACCUUCUGCUCCAGCUGCAUCCCCAGCACUGUGUGGACCAUCGGAUACUGGCUCUGCUACAUCAACAGCACCAUCAACCCGGCCUGCUACGCCCUCUGCAAUGUCACCUUCAAAAAGACUUUCAAGCAUCUUCUGCUUUGCCAGUACAAAAACAUUCGGUCGGCCAGAUAGAUGCAGGACAGUGAGCGGAUGGUUAAACUAUGGGCCUCUGUGUGUCAUCCAUGUGUGAGUGAGUAGUGUGAGAAAGAGUGCAAAUUCAUUAUUGUUACAUCAUCUUUAGUUUAAUAUUUCUCUGUUUCUCUCUCAAUAACUGGUUGUAGCACUUUACAUAUAUUUAAUGAUCAUGAUAAUGAAGAGUGUGGUGUUAUUUAAAGGUGUAGGCUCUAACAUGUGAGUUAGGACAAAAAGAAAAGUGUGGGGGAGACGUGGGGGGAAGAAAGUGUAUGGAUUAAGAAAAACACACACAAUCUUCAACAUGGGAAAAUAGGGCUGACUGAAUUUUACAAACCUCCUGCGUUUGAAGUUCAGUAAAGAUACUUGUAUAUAUUUGUACAUAUCAUGUUUGUGUCAAAUCUAUGGGUGCAUCCUUACCGAUCUGGGCCUACCUUCUUUUCUGUUAGUUUCAUUGAACAUCCAACCAGCAACAUGUAGACUAUUUUCACUCAGAGGACAGCAGCACUCCAGUACUAGCUGCCAGCAGUACACUAAUUCAGUAUGUUGAAACUGCAUUACUCCACUGAAGAUAACACAGCAUAGUAGUUCACAACAGUUAUACACUUGUAUCUUCAUCCUAAACUUCUAUAUACAAGUACAUACUGAUAACAAGUGAAUUGGAAGCAUCCUCAAAGUUUGGUCUUGUAAAAAGUCAUGUAGAAAAUACAGAUGAAACAAAAAAAAAAAGUUACAGCAGAGUUAAAUACAGGAAUCUAAUCAACAAAUUCAUUAUAUAACAAUGAACUUGAUGGGUUGUGGCUUUCAAUAGACUUCAUGAUAAUGUUGUAAAAGACAUGAUCUGUACCUUGACAUUUACUACACUUCUCAUCAGUCAUUGUGUCAUAGGGCUGGGAGCUCAGAGCUAAGAUUGUGAUGAUGUUUUGUGGUUAGCCCCACCCCUCUCUAGUGUUAUGUAGUUAUCUAUACUGUAGGUUGCUGUGGACCUAGCUCUUGUGGUUGGUGUGUGGUGAGUGUUGCAUUUGAGUGACUGGGUUUGUCUGUGCACUCCUGGAAUGGAGUUAACUUCAGAUCACAGGUUAUGGCCUUGUGAUUUAAAUAAGGGCUAUUUAUACACUGUUACACGUUGUCUCUUUAAAGCUGAAUUAGCUUUUUUCUUAAACGUUAGUCACUUUCCUGCAUAAUUUUGUGCCAAAAAUCUCAUCACCGCAUUCUGUGUUCAUCAAGUAUGUUAUAGAUAAUAGAAUCGUAAGAGCGAGCCACAUGAGUCUUUAUAUGGGAUGAGAGCUGAUUGGCUGUCCUUUAGUAGUCCACUCUGCUUCACUUCUCCAUCUGAAAAAGUUGUGCUAGCGGCC